GGAGGAUGCGUGGCCGCAUCACACGCGCUGAGGCGGUUGUGCCUCCAGUCACGACGAGGCUACGCCGUCCCAAAAACGAGAGAAUUCAAAAAGGUGAUGGUGGCAAAUCGAGGAGAGAUAGCUAUCCGUGUAUUUCGAGCUCUUUCUGAAUUACGAAUGACGUCUGUAGCAAUUUAUAGUGAACAGGAUAAACAUUCGAUGCAUCGAUUGAAGGCAGACGAAGGUUACUUAGUCGGUAAAGGACUUCCGCCUGUUGCGGCAUAUCUCACUAUAGAUCAGAUUAUUGACACCGCUCUACAGCACAACGUGGAUGCGAUUCAUCCUGGUUACGGUUUCUUAUCCGAGCGAGCCGACUUCGCACGUGCUUGUAUCCAUGCGGGGAUUUCAUUCAUUGGCCCAAGUCCGGAUGUUAUGGCACGCAUGGGAGACAAGGUAUCUUUCAACAAUUACUAG